AUGGAGGAGUUCGCAGACUACUACAUCACAGACUAUGCUUCGCCUCCCGCAUUCUUCGAGCUGUCGGAGCAGGAGCAGCAGGAAGUGCUGGCGGCCCACGAGGACGAGAGAGUGUCCUGGAGGUUGGAAGUGAACUGCAGUGCGUUGCACGCCGCAGGCUUCAAGCUCGAUCACGGCCACGGCACGCCCCUUCCAUAUCGUGAUGUGGACGUGUUCGACUGGCACAGCAUCCGAGCUGCGACAGGACUGGCGGUCGAGGCGAUCGGCCUGUUCGUCUUCAACGGCCCGAACCACGGCACUUAUGGAAGAAAAGGGCAGAGCGCAAACUGCCCGCAGUACCACAACAGCACCUCCCACUUCAUGGUGAACGGGUCCCUGAUCAAUUCCUUGCGCUCCUUCAGCAGCCGCUCGUCUGUCUUGAUGGUGGCCGCAGCCAAAUACGAGCCAUCGAUCCGGAUGCGCGCCGACGGGCGUGGGUUCGUGGCGUUGCCGGUGGCGGGCGGCGACUACUGGGGCCUGUGCAGCUCGCGGACCGUCCUCUGCCCGUUGCGCCAGCAGUCGUUCAGGGCCGGCGAAUGGCCUACUGCGCACUGGUGCCCGAGCACAUGCAGUUCCUCGACUUCGCCCACGACGGCAGGCUGA